CCCAGGAGUUACCACGGUAACACACCCAACACGAUGCAUUGAUUCCUGCGGAAACGUAGGUAAGCUGUAAUUCAUCAUGCUUGGGACGGUUUCAUAUAACGGUUCAAACACGUUGGGCAUUGCGAUGUGCGCUAUCCAGCCACUCUAGCAUUUUCUCAUUCUGUGAAGCGUUGCCUCAGCGGGACGGAAGCAAGAAACCCCAGGUACAUAUUCGUAUAUGUAUCGUGUGGCAGGGAAGAUAAACUUACCGUACCAGGCAUUGCCGUCCAGCGCGCGUUUCGCUAGUGUCUUUACAGAGCUCACAACAACAUGUCAUCCACAUCCAAAAAGACAGUCCUAGUGACGGGCUGCUCGGCCGGCGGCAUCGGGGCGGCCCUUGCGCUCGCGCUCGCCAAGCACGGCCAUAAUGUUUACGCGACGGCCCGCAACACGGCCAAAAUACCGACCGAGCUCUCUGGGCUGCCAAACGUGACGACCCUUCAGCUGGAUGUCAGCUCCUCUGCCUCGGUCAGCGGGGCCGCCCAGGCUGUCAGCGAGAAGGGCAAGGGACUGGAUGUGCUUGUUAACAACGCCGGCUUCGGCCUUACCAUGCCGCUUCUGGAUGUGGAUGUGGCCCAGGCCCAGCAGUUGUACGACACCAAUGUGUGGGGUGCUUUGAGGACUAUCCAGGCCUUUUCCGGUCUAUUGAUUGCGAGCAAGGGGCGCGUUGUCAAUAUCAGCUCUGUUGGAGCGGUUGUGAACACCCCAUGGAUUGGCAUAUAUUCCUCCUCAAAAGCGGCGCUAAACAUGCUGUCGGAUACACUACGGCUCGAGCUGUCCCCCUUCAAAGUGAGCGUCGUUACCAUCAUGGUCGGCACCAUCGCCUCGCACUUCCACGCGAAUGAGCCGGACGUGGUUCUACCGCCUUCGUCUCGGUACUCGGCUAUUAGGGACACCAUUAACCGCUGGGCCAAAGGACAGGCCGGGCCCAAGGGCGGCUCCGUCCAGGAUCUGGCUGAGUCGCUGGUAGUGGACGUCGUGGGCAAACCUGGCGGUUUCUGGGUGUGGAAGGGCCCCAACAGCGGGAUGGUUAAGUUUUUGACCAGAUGGGUGCCGGCGUCAACACUGGAUGGUAUGAUGAGCAAUGGACAAGGCCUGGAUGAGCUCACCAAGAAUCUGCAGAGGUAGAUUUGAUUGUCAGUGGGCAACGUUGGACAAACGGAAUACGCACCUCAUGGGUAGGUGUGAGGUGACUCGGAUAAUCGGAUUGCCACAGACCAAUAAUACCAGCCUCUUUUUCCAUGGCGCCAUAGACUUUCCCCCUCAAUUUGGUAACUAUUCCUC